GGCGGAGGCGGCGGAGCCGGUGUCCCCAGGUCGCCGCCACCGUGGAGUCGCUGCGGGCGCUGUCGCAGCUGCACUCGCCGCGCCGGGCGGGCGCUGCCGGUGCCGGUGGCGGUGCCGCCGCCGCCAUGUCCCGGUGGCCCGAGGAGGAGGAUGAGGAGGAGGAAGGGCUGGCGGCGCACGGCAUGCUGUCGCUGCACCGCGUGUUCGAGGUGCUGGCGGCGCAGCUGACGCACGGCGAGGCGGCCGCGCUGUCGCUGCUGCUCGGGGAGGCGCUGCGGGCCUCGGGGGACAGCGGUGACGGCGACGGGGACGGGGACGGGAACGGGGCGGCCCCGCGGGGGCGGCGGGAGCCGCGGGACGCGCGGGAGCUGCUGCUGGAGCUGGAGCGGCGCGGGCUGUGCCACGAGGGGGACCUGGGGCUGCUGCGGCGGCUGCUGCGGCUGCUGGCGCGGCACGACCUGCUCCGGUGUGUGACGCUGAAGAGGCCGCGGCCAGUGUCCCCCGAGCGCCCCCCCUGUGUCCCUGCCCUGGGGGGCUCCUGCCCGAGCCCCGCCCAGCCCCGCCCCGAGCACUGGGAGACAGGUUCCAGCUCGGGGAAGCGGAAACGGAACUCGCGAAGUUCCCGGAAUUCCCGAAAUCUCCGAAAUUCCCAGAAUUCCCGAAAUUCCCGAAACGUCCGAAAUUCCCGGCGGCCCCGGAGGCCCCUCCCCCACCGAGAGCCCCCCCAGGACCCCCCCGAGCCCCCGGCCAGGGUCACCUGCGACAUCCGCCUGCACGUCCGUGCCGAGCACAGCGAGCACGAGCGCGCGCUGG